AUGGAUAAGCAAGUUGAGGGAGAUGCGAAGAGUCCUUCGUUCGUUCCUGCGCCAGCCGAAAAAGAAGCAGCAGCCUUGCAAGAGUAUCGCGAUGCCUUCAUCGAGAGGGUGGCCAAGCUCAGAGAGACCCAAGAGUAUCAGAAGAUGGAUUUGUGGGCUCUACCGAGAGAAUGGUCAGCGGAUCAAAAGCUUCUUCAGCCAGUUAAUGUCGACGACGUGGCAACCGAGGAGAAUGCCGGCCAUCUGUGUGCGAACAUUAGCCUGUGUGAAUUCUAUCCGAGACAUCUUUCCCAGCACCCGACGCAAGGCAUUAUUGGCCUCAUCGCGGACCAUCCCGGGUACCUGGCCUGGCGGGAAGAAAGAAACAACGCAUUCGAGCAGUGCCACUGGGACCGACUCAGCACACUCCAAGCGAGGUGCAUGUCAGCGCGACUGAGAGAAUGCAAAGCGAAGCGUUGCCUGGCCGCGCGGAAACUGCUGGCUUCGCACAUGCCGAGCUGCGAGGACUGGGCCGAGUUUCGAGAGUGGGUCCUCACAGCAGCCUCGUGCCAGUCGGCUGCCUGGGCCGCAGGAGAUAGCUGGCUGUACCACUUCGAUGCGAACGAGUUUCUGGCCCACUUUCACUCCGUCAUGAUCACCUUCCAGCAAGGGCUGGAGGAUCGAUGGUUCUGGCUGCAUAAGCUGUCCAGGCCCUCGAGGAAGGCGGAUGGCCCGGAUCUACUAUUUCAGGUCCAGCAGGUCAUUUUCUUCUGGGCGAGCCAGCUCCAGCCGCGGAUCGUGCGGGACCUGGGCCACCGGAUGCUGCGUCGCGGUGCAACCGCGUUGACGGUCAAGACUACCCCUUUGAAACAGAGCUUGUUCUCGCAAGUCGUCAUGGAUGCCGAAGAGAGAGCGGCAAAGCUUAGCCUCUGUCCGAAGCGGCUGUGGAGCGUGGUGCAGAGUCUGGAGUGGCUGGACAAUGUACUGCCGGCUCUGGUGGACGUGUUGGAAAAGGCUCCACGCCCCCAAGCAUUCGCACACCGAGGCCAUGAGGAGUGCUCGGCGCAGUUUUGCGAGCUGUCCCUGGAGAACAGCGCGCUCAAGAAGCAGCUGCACAAACGCGACAGCGGCCAAUGCGGGCGUACUACAAAGCUCCAUCUUGCGAGACUGUCGUACGCUGUGCGCAACGGAGAGACCACAGCCUGGCCGAUUGAGGAGUUGCAGGGGCGGAAGCCGGAAAGAUCCUUGAAGAGCUACAUGGCCAUUUCGCAUGUCUGGUCGGAUGGCACUGGUGUGGGGACGGGUGGGCCAGGUGUUGUGAACGAAUGCCUCCUUUCUUACUUCAUUGACGUGGCUACGAGACUGGGGUGUGACGGCAUAUGGUGGGAUGCCAUCUCCAUCCCCAUGGAGAAGGAGGUGAGAAGGAUGGCGCUGAACCGGAUGCAACCGAACUACGAGAAGGCCAAACACACCGUAGUCCACGAUGAAUAUCUGUUGCAAGUCGAUUGGGCUGAAGAUGGUAGCCCCGCGGUUGCUCUGAUCCUCUCGCCGUGGUUCACGAGAGGCUGGACGGCGCUGGAGCUUUCGGUUUCUCGGUCAGUGCAAGUCAUUUAUCGAGAUCCAACGGACCCGAAGAAGCAAGUGUUGAAAGACCUCGACAACGACAUCCUGCCCCAAGGCUUCUGCAGCAUAGGCCAUAGGUUCGCGGCAGACAUGAUCCGAAAUCUCCGGGGCAAACCACCAACCCUGGCGGGUCUCGUCAAGAUCCUGAGCACGCGGUCAACCUCCUGGACGCGCGACCGUGCCACCAUCGCCGCUCUGCUCGCACGCACCGAAGACUUCGAUUACAGCGAUGCACAGUCCGUAACGGUACGCAAAAUGGUGGUCACUUACCGCCAAGUGCCGCGAGACUUUCUUCUCCACGGACAUAUCACUUUGGCGCGUGAAGGCGGUUGCUCAUGGCUACCUUCCACUGUCAUCUCACAUGAACAGCCGUGCGAUGACGAAGACGGCGACAGAAAAGACAGGGAAGUGAUUGAAGUGGACCGGAAAGGCGCGGCUUGUGUGAGGUGGUCAUAUUACCCAAUCCCGGAGAGGCGGGUGCCCUUUGUGAAGCCUUACAGCUCACACGCUUCGGUCGAAUUGCGCAUUCAACGAGCUUUGCAGAUGGCGGAGAGCUGCUUCCUCUUGUGGGCCCCGGGCCAAUGGUCAGACAACCCGCUAUACGUUUUGGUUCGAGCCGCGGGAUUGGGGAGCAUGGAGGACGGUAGUAUCUGCAUCGAUUCUCAUUAUGUCGGGUGUGUGAAAGUAGCCAGCAAUGACUAUACUGAGAUGGGCAUGAUCGGGCUUCUGCCGUUCAGAGUCGGAUGCGCAGCUGGAAAAGCACAGCAGAAGGCCGAAGACGUCCUGCGGGCGUACAAGGAGCGUGGCGGUCUCUUGGAUUUGAAGGAAUGA